AUGCAGUCGCCGAUCAGGGGCGGCCUGCUGUGCCUGGUGCACCUCCCCAACGGCUACCAAUUUGCCAGUCCUGUCAACCGCGUCAAGGACAUUGAACUUGGAGGCAUCGUCCGGGCACGUGCCAGGCAGGUCAAGGCCCCCCGCUGGCAUUGUCUUGGUCUGCGAAGUCGAGGUCGUUUGCCACCUAACCUCGCCGAGGGUCAGCCUAUCAUGCCCAUGCGUUCGGCCUUCUUUAUCCGAGGCCAGCCUGAGACCGUGCUGGCGAGACCACGGAGCGAAAACCUCCCAAAAGUCGUCGAGACAUACUUGAUAGAAGCGGGCAGCAGUCCCAAGACUCUCGGGUUCCAUUUGGAAUCACAGGUCCAACAGGUCUACAAGCAGCUUGUCUGUCCGCUCAGAGAGCGGUCUUAUGCGCCUGGACAACCUGGAAUGUAUUGUACACACAAGAGACGAGGGGACAGCCGACUGCCCUAUCUUGAAGUACCUGAACAAAAGCGUGCCGACAAAUAA